AUGCUCGGCCUCUCGGGGGCCAUGUCGGCCGUUGUGUUGCUAGUUGUGAGCGUUCCUAUCACAUUCCUGGCGCUCCUUGUUUGGGUGACAAGUCGCUUCCCCAAGACCACAAUGCCGAUGCCGCCAGGCCGCAGCAAGAUAUGGGGUUCCCUGCCCGCGCUCCUGGGACCCACCGACCCGGCCAACCCGCUCUUCGACGCCUCCUUCUCCCACUGGCACCGUGUUGCUGACGUCACAAAUAUACUCCUUCUUAGCAAGCUGGGCAAGCUCGUGUGCUACGAUGUCACGCUGCCUGCCGCUACUCGUAUGCUGCUCGUCAGCGACCUCGACCUCAUCAAGCAGGUGAUCGCGGAUGACCCGCCCAAGGCCGACUACAACAUCAAUGUGUUUCUUGGGCAGGGCUUGGUGAGCGCCGGUGGCGACGUCUGGCGCCACGACCGAAGACUCCUCAACCCGGCGUUCAACAAGCGGUUCCUUCGCGACUUUGUGUUUCCGAGUGUGGUGAAGCAUGCCACCACGAUGGGCUCUCAGCUCGAGCAAGUCGAGGCCUACACCAAGACGGACAUCAACGACUACUUCCGCCGGAUGACGCUUGACAUCAUCUCCGAGGCCACGAUGGGCCGAGACUACGGCCUGCAGAAGACGCCAGAUCACCCGUUGCUCGUGCUGAUGAUGGACGUGUUCGAGGAGCUGAGCCAGAGGGAGAUCAACCCGCUUCGGGGAUACCACCCGUGGCACUCGUUCAAGCUCAAGCGCAACCUCCAGGCGUUCGACAAGCACUGCACCGACCUGGUGAUAGAGGAAAGGGCCAACCUCGCGGGUGACGCUGCCGCCGAGCGCAAGUACGAGCGAGGCAUUCUGUCGGUGAUGCUGGGCGAGGACGAGGACGGCUCCUCGAUGCCCCUCUCUCGCAUUGUAGAUAACAUCAAGACUUUCCUGUUCGCCGGGCACGACACGACAUCUACGUUGUUGUCCUUCGCCGUGGGCAUGAUCGCCACCCACAAGCACGUGGAGGACAAGCUGCUCGCCGAAAUCGACUCCGUGCUGGGCGACCGAUCGGAGCCCACCCACGACGACCUCUCUCGCUUCGUCUAUCUCAAGAUGGUGUUGAAGGAGACUCUGCGCAUGUUCCCGCCAGCGGCGACCGGGCGACGUUUGCCGAUGGGCUACCGCUUGGGCGACUAUGUCGUCGACUACCCGAAGACGGACAUCAUCAUCUCCUCCUACGUCGUGCAUCACGACCCCGAGUUGUGGGAGGACCCGGAGAUCUUCGAUCCCGAGCGGUUCAGCGAGGAGAACUCGAAGGGGAGGCAUCCGCUCUCCUUCAUCCCCUUCCUCGCCGGCAACCGGAACUGCAUCGGCCAGCAUCUGGCGUUGAUGGAAGCGACGGUGGCGCUGGCCAUGAUCUACAGAAAGUUCACCUUCCGCAUGGCGUAUGGGCACGUACCGCAGCUGACCUAUCGCAUCACCAACGUGUGCGCCAACGGCAUGAAGGUCUUCGUCUUCCAGCGCAGCCAGCCGGGUGUUGCUGGCCUCAACACCUGA